CAUGUUUCAGAAUCUAAAUGAGAAACUAUUUAUCCCUAUAUCAUAGAUAUUAAAAUAGUAGGUUGAAUCCGUCAGGCAUGUGGAAUGGGUCAUCCAUAACUGACACUAGAAAACUCGUGUAUCAAAAAGUUGAAGUGGAAAGAAGUGAUGGGAAAUUACAUGUUGGAUGGAUAUACACAAUAGACCCUUUAUCGAACAAUAUUGUAUUAUAUUGCGAGGACUCGUCAAACCCUCAAUUAACUACAGUUUUUAGCCAUUGUAUUAAAAAAGUAAAAGUACUUGCAAAGCCAGAUAAAGGAAUUAUCGACGUCCUGAAUAACUUGUGCAAACAAACUGGGCAAAUACCAUAUUCUGAAGAAGAUUUGUUAGAGAGGCAAAGAAGAUUGAAAGAAUGGCUUGAAAGCAAUCGUUUACCAGUUACCGUUAAUGGCGCAAAACUGAGUAUUGCAGGUGUUCUGGAUAUUUUGCCACCAUAUACACAACAAUCAUGUCAAUCAAGAAACGAGAUUAUUUUGUCAAGAGUACAAUCAAUAAUCAAAAUGAUGCCAGUUGGAAAUGAUUGACAAAGAAUUGCCAGUUACAUAGUUGUUAUCCUGAAUACACAUGUUUAUAGCCAGCUAUCAAGUCAUAUCGGUUCUUUUCCAAUAAUUAUGUAAAGAAUUUGCCUAUGGAUUAUUAACAUUUAUUUCCUCAGCAAGCUUUUUUUAUCUAAAACAUACCAAUAUCAUUCAUUAUCUGCUAGCUACCAUUUAUACUUAGCGUGAUAAUUUGUGGCACUUAAAAUUAAUGCAACUAUGUAUA